AUUUUAAUAUUAAUUGUCACAAACACACGAAAUAAUUUAUGAAGAAAUAAAUGGUGAUAUAUAUUUUAGUCACGUUUGUAUAAUAUGUCUACUCCCUAAAAUUCAUCCAUGCUUAUUAGUUUUGAUUCUAACACGUGCACUGGAACCUUAAACGACUUCUUAAACGACUUUUAAUAUAACAUGAACGAAAUACACUUUGAAUAUAUAUACUAAUAUUGGCGUAUGGUAUGUGUAUUUGACCCGAGUAACCCGAGUACUUGUAUGGGAACAAGAGACGUCGAUUGACCCAAUGUCGAAUGUUUGGUAUUUAUCGAAUUCGAUUGACUGCAAGUUUUUUUUUGUCAAUAAAAAAGAAAAUAAAAUUUCAUUAUUUAAUAAAUAUAAAUAAAUGGUUAUUUCAUAUUAAAUUUCAUGUAAGAAAAAAAGAUUACCAAUCAUUCUCAAUUUGCAGGAUGUCUAUUUUCAAGAAUUAAUGAAAAAAAUAUAUUAUUUUAUUCCUGUCUACAACUCAGUGAAACCCACCCCCAAAAUCCUAGGUUUAAAUCAAAUUUCUGCGCAAACAAAAAAAAAAUUAGGGCUUUGGCAGAAAUCAAUCAACAACGCAAUAAGCAAUCCGAUUUCUCGUCAAUCGUACUGUGAAAUGAGUUCUACCGCCGACGAAGCUCAAUUACACGACGAGACAGAUUCCGCCGGCAACGGCGACGCAAAAACCUUCUAUGAUGUAUACGGCCCAGAGGCGAGAGCAGAUGUAGAAUUCAAGCAGCCCGAAGCAAAUUCGACCUUGAAUCUGCAUGAUGUGCAAGGACUUGCUACCUGGGUUCUUGCUGAAGGAUUCAUGCCGUCGUGGGUUUUUAUUAAAAACAAACCGUUAAUUCCCAAAGUGGUCAUGCUUUAUAUCCCUGGUCUCGAUGCAGCACUUUAUUUGUCACAGUCUAAACUACUAAAAAGUUUUAAAGAAUGCUGUGGAAUUCCCAGAGCGGUUUUAUCUCUCAGCUGUGUAGCGGAUGGAAUGCAGACAAUAGACGCGCUUCUUACAUGCAAAAUAAAAAGAAAAAGGGACGAAGCAGAGGUCAUUCAAAAAAAAGCUGCUCGGACAUCUUAUCAAGCGGGAAAUUGCGACUCUGCGGAGGGUGAUAAAGCAUCUGCCAUUGACUUGACAAAAAAUCUGCCAUUCCCAGUCACUUACUACACACUAACUGCCAAGGAAUUAGAAGAUAAUGGAUACUGUUGUAAUAAUCCAGAAUUUCUUGCAACCCUUCCGGCCCCUUCUGGAACUCCAUUGCAUGAGAUUGUGGCACUUGAUUGUGAGAUGUGCAUUACAAGAAAGGGUUUUGAGCUUACGAGAGUUACACUGGUGGAUAUUACUGGACAGGUAUUGUUAGAUAAACUUGUCAAACCAGCAAAUGCUAUAACCGAUUACAAUACAAGAUACAGUGGAAUUACAUAUCAGAUGUUGGAAAACGUGACCACAACCCUCGAAGAUGUCCAGGAAGAUUUUCUUCGACUGGUUUACAAAGAGACUAUCCUCGUCGGACAUUCAUUAGAAAACGAUUUAUUAGCUCUGAAAAUCCGUCACGAUUCGGUGAUAGAUACAGCUAUAUUAUAUAGGCACCCGAAAGGCCGGUCCUACAAAACAGCUCUUCGUGUGCUGACUAGGAAAUUUCUUUCCAGAGAGAUACAAGAUUCUGGAAACGGACACGACAGUGUCGAAGAUGCAAGAGCUACACUCGAACUUGCAUUAUUAAAAAUUAAAAACGGGCCUGGUUUUGGCAUGCCCACUUCAACAUUUUUACGAAAGAAGCUCCUCACAUUAUUAAGUGAAUCCGGAAAAACCACGUCGCUGAUUGAUAAUGUAUCUAUAGUGAAGAGAUACGCCUCCGAAUCAUCUAAUUCAAUUCCAGUAUCUUCCGACGAAGAAGCUCUUUUAAAAGCCAGAAAAGAGGUGAAAAAUGAAAGGGUGAAUUUUAUUUGGACCCAAUUCGCGGAAUUGUAUUCUUAUUUCAAGAAACAAGCUAACGAUGAUGAAAACAUAAACACGAAGAUAGCAGAAAUGAUCUCAUUGCUUACGUGUAAUAAAUCUAAUGGUAAAAAAAGCAUUUCGUAUAAAGUCACUUCGGAACUGAAGGAAAUUCUUAGUGGAAUCGAUAAGAAAGUCAAAAGCUUAUUCUCGUGUCUACCGUGCAAUGCCAUGCUCGUUAUCUGUACUGGCCAUGGUGACACUGCAAUUGUUCAAAAAUUACGGAAAAUUCUUUCGGAGCAAACGGAAACUGCACUUAGCCGAGAGAAGAUAGUCAAAGUGCUGGAAGAAAUGCAGGCUCAAGCUGAAAUUGGCUUGUGUUUUGUUGGAAUUAAACAUUAAAUCCCUCUAUUGUGUAAUCUCUAUUGUGUAAUCAGUAAUGUACUGAAUUUAUUUUAAUGUAUACAAAUAGGUUAAUACCUGAUUUUUGUUGGGUAAUAAUUAUAAGGUUAUGUAAUCUUUUAGACUUAAAUAUAGUUAGGGCCAAUUUUGAUGUGAUAUCUAUAAAUUCAGUUGCUGUUCCUCGGAAUAUGUUCACAUAGCAGAAGGUGUAAUCGAACUUCCGAAUUUCGUCAAUUCCGAUUUUUUUUUUUUAAUUUUAUUGGAUGGAAUUCAAAUAUAUACCAGAUUUUGAUUUU